GCCUGGCUGCUUUCUGAAGUUCGGCGAAGUUUGUCAGAUCCUACGAAGUUACGCUGCUGCGCGGUGCCUGAAGCCACCUCACUUACCGAACUGUUAUGGUGAGGCAGGCCCCGCUGUAGCACCCCCGGAGCGGUCGGGAUGGAGGAGUGUGAGUCUCCAGUCGACCCCCACCCCUGGAAGACCGCCACGGUGAAGCGGAAGGCCUGGGCGCUGAGCCGAGACUCCUGGCAGGCGUCGGAGUCGCAGGACGGGGGUGCGGAGGCGCAGCAGCCGCAGGAGCUGGCCGAGGAGGGGGAGGAGAAGGGACCCCUUGCCGAGGAGCCAGGGCGGAUACCCAACAAGAUCACCAGCUGGCUCCAGGAAUGCAGGACUCCCCUGGGGGCCUCUCUGGAUGAACAGAGCAACACACCGACCAAGGGUCCUCUGAAGAACGGCUGCAGCUUUGAGGAUGACCUGUCCCUGGGGGCGGAGGCCAAUCACCUCCGAGCGAACGGCGUUCCAACCGAGGAGCAGCGUUUCGGGAUGCUGGCCCAGGACAAGCGGAGCCAGUUCAAACAGAAGGGACGGAGCAUGAACUCCACUGGCUCGGGGAAGAGCAGCACCACCGUGUCCAGCGUCUCGGAGCUGCUGGACCUCUACGAGGAGGACCCAGAGGAGAUCCUGUACAACCUGGGCUUUGGCACCGAGGAGCCCGACAUCGCCGCCAAAAUCCCCUCCCGCUUCUUCAACUCCUCCUCCUACGCCAAGGGCAUCGACAUCAAGGUGUACCUGGGCGCCCAGCUGCGGCGGAUGGAGCUGGAGAGCCCCAGCUACGCCCUGACAAGUCGUUUCCGUCAGAUCGAGGUGCUGACCACCGUGGCCAACGCCUUCUCCUCGCUGUACUCCCAAGUUUCGGGCGCGCCUGUCCAGAGGAUCGGCAGCUGCGACGCCGAGCCCAAGGAGCCACCCCCCCUCCGCAGGAACAACUCCGCCCUCAACGCCGCCAAGAUCCUGAAGAAGAGCAUCACCAAGCUCAACCUGCACGCGGCCGGGGACGAGAACCCUCCCUCUGCGUGCUCGGACGCGGAGAAGGAGAGGGGUUCGAGUCCCACCGCCGCCGACGGUCCUGCCGACUCCGAUCAUCGGGGCGAGCAGAGGCAGAGAACGUCAUUUAAGAAGGAGCACCCGUCUCUGGCCACCGUGACCGAAGAGCCCCCCCACGGCCCCUCUGAUCCCCUCCUGAGCGGGGUGUCCGACCACAUCCCCUCUGUCCCACCGGACAGCGACGGGGUGCCCCCCCGGGAGCCAGAUUUCGCCCCACCGAAGGACCCGGCCGUCUCCAGCGAGGAUAGUCCCGAAAGAGGCAAGGGGAACGCGGUGACGGAGACCUCGACCCCGGAGAAAGGCCCCCCGAACCAGCUGGCGCACCCCUGCCUCACCCAUCUCCUCUCCCAGGCCAAGGACUCGUUUGAGAUGGAAGAGGUGCAAAGUAACGAGGGCGAGACUCUGCCCGGGACCCUCUGCCCUGUCAGAGCAGGGAAUGAGUCGUUACUGAGGACAGCCAGUCAGCACUCAGACAGCAGCGGCUUUGCUGAAGACCCCUCCGCAGAUUGCUCUUCUAAUUACCUGAAGGUCCAGGAGAGCUCAGACAGCUGUGACAGUGAGACCACAGUGACGUCCAACGCUGGGGACCUGGGCACCCCCCUGGCCGUGGAGUCCCCUGCCUUCGAGCAGCUGCAGGGGGGCACAGCGGAGGCCCUGACGGCCACCGUGCUGGAUGACAGUGACCUGCAGGACCCCAGCGCCCUGAGCGGGAGCCAGUGCGAGGCAGAGGAGGAGGAGGAGGUGGAGAUCCCCAAGUACACGCCCCACCAGCUCCCCAAACACACAGUGAGACAGGCGAGCGAGAACGAGGAACCGGGUCUCACCGGUGGGCCAGGGUGUACCGUGGAGCUCGGCUCUGCCACGGACCCCCGCCCGUCCCCGGAACCCGUCUCCGGCACCCCGAACAGGGCCCGCGGGGCUCUGCAGAGGUCCCACCAGGCAAUGUCCGUGUGCGAGGGGCGGGGCACCCCCGUCUGGGUGAGGGACGGGGCGCUGCUGUGCGACCGGGACAGGGCCCCCCUGCGGAGGUCCGUCUCCCUCCCCACCUCCCUCCGCCCCUCCCGUGUCGUCUCCUCCGUCAAGAUCCAGCUGCGUCCCGGCAACGUCCGGCUCUGCACCCCGCCCUCCUUCUCCUACCGCUACACCCCCGAGGAGGAAGAGGAGGAGGAGGCGGGGCAGGGGGUGGGGCAGGGGGCGGCGCAGGAGGCAGAAGGGGAGGAGUCACCCUGUCGCUCCACCCUCAUCAUUAGCUCCCUCCCCCAGGAGAAGGCCCCGCCCAGCGCCACUCUGGACGGCCCAGACCCACCCAGCCGGAUGCCCCCUUACCCCCUGCACAUGCCCCCCCACCUGACCCAUUCCACCUGCUCCCUGCACUCCACGCCCCCAGACUGGCCUGAUCAGCCCCUGUGCGAGAAGUCCCGCUCCUGGAGCACCUGCAGCAUGCCUGCCCUGCCGGCUCACAGCGCCCCCUACAGCUCACCCUACAACAACCUCCACGGCGCCCCCUACAGUUCACCUUACAUUAACCUCCACGGCGCCCCCUACAGCUCACCUUAUGGCAACCCUAGCAGUGCCCCCUUCCACCAUAACGCUCCUCAGAGGAACCACUACAGCAGCUCUUAUGGCAAUCUCAAGAGCGCCCCCUACAGCUCAACUUACAACAACCCCAACAGCGCCCCCUACAGCUUGCCUUAUGGCAACCCUAGCAGUGCCCCCUUCCACCACAGUGCUCCUCAGAGCAACCGCUGCAACAGCCCUUUUGGAAACCCCUACAUCGCCCCCUACAGCUCGCCUUAUGGCCACCCUCACCCUGCCUCCUACCAUCACAGAGUUGCUCAAAGCCCCCAGAGCGCCCCCUACAGCACGCUGUGCCCCCCGCCCUUCCCCCACCCCUACACCCCUCCCCCAGCCGCCCCUCCCGCGUCCAGCACCGAGGCGCAGCUGCGGAGAGUCCUGCACGACAUCAGGGGCGCAGUGCACAACCUGGCCCAGAGUUCAUCUCUGCGUGGGGAGGACAUGGCUACUCACCUGUUCAGCACACAGAGAGCAGGUCAACCCCUGCAUGAGAGUGGCUUCCAGGAGCUGCAGGUGAUGAGGAAGAGUCUGAGUCUGUUCCGCACUCAGAUGAUGGACCUGGAGCUAGCCCUCAUCAGACAGCAGGACAUGAUGUACCAGCACCUUACCGAGGAGGAGAGGCAGGAGGCGGAGCAGCUGCAGAAUCUGCGCAGUGCAGUGAGGCAGGAGCUGCAGGAGCUGGAGCUGCAGCUGGAAGAUCGUCUGCUCUCCCUGGACGAGCAGCUGCGCUCCUCCCAGCUCUCCGGCCUCUACCGCCACCCAGUGGGUGUCCGUAGAGGGCAGAGCUUUGACAGCCUGUGCAGCAGCCCGUCCCUGAAUGUAAGAGAGCCGGUGGCCGAGCUGCUGAGGGAACAGCUCUACCUGCAGGAGGAGGUGGGGGUCGGGGGUGGGGGCAGCUCCGCCGCCUCGCUGGCGUCCGGGUACUCCUCGGGCUCCGACAGCCCCUCCAGGCCCGGCCGGCCCCUGGGCACCCCCACACCCAAACACCCCUCUCCACAGCGGGCGGGUGUGUACCGGGCAUCUGUCUGCCUGACCCCAGCCCCGCCCCCGCGGCCCCAGGCAGCAGCUCCGCACGGCGCAGACUCCACACUGCCCACUCCUCCUGAGGAGAGGGGAGGCGGAGGGGGAGGGGGAGGAGCAGAGAGCCCCCAUCUGCAGCAGCUCAUCAAGGAGAUCAGGCAGAGCCUCGCUGACGAAAUCCGGCAGGAGAUUGUGAAUGAGCUCCUGGCUGCCGUGUCGCCAAGGAGAUCGCCCGUGGCAACAGGAGAGCCCACCUUGUGAGCACGGUAAUGGAAAUUUCCGAGGUAAAGGAGAGGGACCAUGUGGAAUAGAACCACCCUGGACACCAGCAGCAACCUGCAAUGAGGUCUGCCCCCCCCCCCCCCACAGUUUAAUGUUAACAGUCUCUGGGUCAAUCACACGGCAAGCUUCAGACACUAAAGCUGCUGUACACUGUGCUACACAUAACCAUAACCAUCCCAUUUAAACAUGGAGAAUUUAAAAGACUUUUAUUUCCCAGUGGCAGUGAAUGUUCUUGUGUUGGACUUUAGCAAGUGAUGUGGGUUGGAGUACUUGUUGGUGAGGCUGAAUGUGACUGGGCUCUGAAAGACCGUCCUUGGGUGGGUGAAAGUGUGUGUAAGGAGGUCAAGCGUCUACUGUAACUAAGCCUCUAAGCCUACUAAUCCAGCCUCUACAAGGAGCUAGGAGUGCACUGCAUUCUACUUGGAACUUGAGCCGACUAAUAACAACUACUGUUUUCCAGGUGAAACUUUAAUGCCUUACUUUUUUUGUCAGUUCGUCUUUUUAUUUUUGUCGAAAAGCUGUGCUUAUUUAUAAUGAUCUUUUAAAAAGUCACAUUCCUAAAUGUAUUUUCUGAUGUAAAGCACCACUAAUGUCAAUAAAAUGUGUAUAUUUGUUAUAAAAUCCUUACUUUUGUGAGACAGAGGUGAAGCAUGACAAUGGUUAUUAUGUUGGAGAAUGUAACUGAGCGGAUUACAUUGUAACUGCUGGAGAAUGUAACUGAGUGGAUUACAUUGUAACUAUUGGUGAAUGAAAUUGGGUGGGUUACAUUGUAACUGCUGGAGAAUGUAACUGAUUGGGUUACAUUGUAACUGUUGGAGAAUGAAAUUGGGUGGGUUACAUUGAAACUGUUGAUCGCUGAUAAAGAACAUGAACCUGUCUGAGCUGUACUGUCACUUAAUGUACAGAGGUCCUUCCCUCGUCACCCCACGACCUUAAAGCACAUUUCAUAAUUAAACAAACUUUUAUUUUGUGUCAGUAAAGCAAAAAAUAACUCCUAAAAUUGUUAUUAAGAAUGAAGGAUAAACCACAAUGCGAUAGCACUUGGAUUUAAUACUGAGCUGGUGUUAUGAUUUUUUAGCCAAGAAGCUAACAAGUGUUAGGAUGGUUAUAUUGCCCUGUUGUACAAUGAUUUAAAAAUAGGAUUAUGCCACAAAGAUGUUAAUUUUUCUACUUUAAAAUUAUUUGUAAUACUAACUGAUUUAUAUAAACUGAUGGGUCCAUGUAAAUGGAGACAAUUCUAAACUUUUAACUUGUGACCUGGGAUGCAUG